UGCCCUCAGAUGCUUCCAGGAGCACAGUAGAAGACAAGCGCUCGCGAGACUGCCGCUUUCACGCUUGUCUCCCCGCUGAAGAGCUGCUCACUUCUCAUCAGCCAAGAAAUAGACACGUUAUUCGGAAGGUUCCACUCGUGCAAGUUGUAGGCGGUGGUGAGAGGCCUUUCAGCUACGAGCGACUUUUGCGUGGUCUCGUGACUGUUCCUGGGGCAAUCUUCGUGGGCUGUCGACGGCUAAAAUAGACAAGAGAGAGAGAGAGAGAAAAAAGUGUACGGUUCUCAAAUAGCAGCCUAUCUUGCAAGACUAUCGGCUGAUCCUUUCUUCUGAGCCCGGCGCAAGACAUCAGACGUCGGAGGACUAAGCGACCAGACUUCAUCCCCGCAAGAGGACCUUCUCCAACUGCAGAGUUCCAGCGGUGGGAAAACGUAGGGCAAACCAAGUUGCGGGUUGUACAAGUGGUGUGAUUGGCUUUCUGUUUCUCUUCAGUGUGCGGAAGGCAGUUUUCCAGUGUGAGCCAUUCAAGGAUUACGUGUCUGUGGUGAGACUACGCUUGUAUUCGCCAGGUUCGCUGGCGUGGUGUGCUCAGCAGCAAAGGCUUCCGGGAAGCCACCCACGGGUCGAACCUGUGUCACCUCUUAGUUACGAUGGCUUCUGUGGUCCGUGUAUCAGAGAGCAUCGCCAUGAUCUUCGUCUGCACCCUCGUACUGAUGGGUCUGCGGCCUGCGGUGGGCAUCUCUCUCAAGAUGGGCUGCAGCAUAGAAGUGCUGGACAAGUGUGGCGCUGACCUGGUCAUUUUCGGCACGGGCCACACGGUUCCCAACAACACCAAAGAGCUGCUCAAGCAGUGCGAGAUCGAGUUUUCCGCCGGAAUCUGUGCGCGCCAGUUCGCCAACCGGUGCCUGCCUCCGCUUCCACGGGGCAUGGUGGUGGUCAUCCUGGAAGGCAUCAGCCAGGAGGUCUCCUCCAAGUGCAAUGUCUCCAAUCCAUUACACGAUGAGUUCCUGAAGCACGCGCCUUGCAUGAACAAGGUCGGUGACACACUUCACAUGUGCAUGAAGAAGCUCACGCUCAGUCUGGACUACAGCGCCAGCAUUGAGCCACACCUGAGGGUCGGCCGAUCCUGCUGCAACUUUGCCGAGUACCUGAAGUGUUCGGGUGACGCGAUGCGCAAGCAGUGCGGGGAGGAGGCCGAGGACUACAUCAAGAAGCUGCUGACGAGGUCGGCAGGCGACUUCAUCGAAAUCGCCUGCAUCAACCACCGAACCGACUUCGAAUCUUGCAAGUCGUCGGCGGCUGUGGUGGACAUGUCGACGACGAGAAUCACCUCGCUACUCUCGCCCAUGGCCAAGCUCGUUUCGGCCGAGGGCUAGCAGCUGCAUUAGCCGUAUUCCCGUACCCGACUCGAAUCGGGGUCGCGGGAUCUGAAACGCGCGAAAUACCACAGUAAAUGGAGCUGACCGCAGCAGGAAGCGGGAAGACCAUCAGAAAGUGGACAGAGCUUGAAUGUGAUCAUACUUAGCCAGCCAUACACCCGUGUUCAUUUUAUAACUACUUGCGCGGAUUGGAGUUCUCCAUGUCCCUCGAGGGACACAUGGGACACAUGGUGACCACAGAGAAAUAACUUGCGGCAGUUAGUUAUAAUCGCAUAAGGAAACGUUCGGGCUUGCCUUGACGCACCGUUAAAGUGACGAGCCCGAGGUUUGUUCUCAUCUUUGUUUAACCGGAGAUCUGAAAUGGUCCAUUAGGCGGUGGAUUCCGACAUGGUUUUCCUCUUGUGGUUUCCGUUACUUUCGCGUCGUGUUCUAAGGUAUGCUCCGUUAUAGUUAGCUCCGAAUUUUCAAACUAACGCUAAGAAAAAAAUUACGCUGCUAACUUGAGCAAGAAGAGAAAGAGGACAUGCAGUACUUAAUAUAAGAGUUACAUAUGUUGCCUAAGGCAACAUGCGGGUGCUCUAUUUUUUACUAACACGACAGUCAAACAUCUGGGUAACGUCUUUACGUUUCAGUAUUACGUGUGUAGCAGUAAUCCACAAAUUUCCAGGCAUUGGCUCUAGCACACCUCGACUGUGUGCUCCUGACACCUCUAUGUCUGUUUCUGCACGCAGGUAGUCAGGGAAGCCUCUAACAGAGAGCCGACGUGGUGCGUCAAAAUGGCGCUUCGACCUUUGUUAUUUUACUGACACUAGCACUGGUUACGGUAGAUACUGCGCCCCUUUUCAGCCGCUUCAGGAAAGUAUCGAAGAACGUGCGGCGAAAAUUACUCUCGGAAUCGAAAGGUUCAUCUUCAUCAAGGAAGAGGAUACCAGCAAAAGGUGGUCACGAGAGAAUGAAAUGAGACGCCCCGAUCUGUUCUCCUAUUUUAUUUUCUUGUAAUCAGGCUUGCGCGCCUUGUAUUUUGUCUGGAUGAAUUCCUACAAGCCAGCUAAUUGUUCUGUUGUACGAGCAUGGUCUCGUCUGUAAGGCGAAAUAAGAAUUGUAUUUCCACUUUUAAUUUGUGUGUGUGUGUGUGGGGGGGGGGGAAGACAAUUGUCAAUAUGUUUACACGAAAAGUGGUGCUGGCAGUCAUCCUAACACGUUCAUUUCUUUCUAUUCGUGCUCAUCUGUUGAUUUAAAGAGAACGUCUGCUGUAGACCGAUGUCUCAAGCUACGGAUAGUUAUGAAAGCAUUGAAUCUACACUAGCACGUAACUGGCCGUGAAAAAUACAAAAAGAAGUGCGCUGUGGAUGUCGCAUAGUCAUUUUAUUUUUGGUGUCUUAUCGUUAUCCUUUUAUAACUUCUUUGACUACCCUGAAUAUACGACGCUGGCUCAUUCAGUACACUCUUAAUCGGGUCGUGGCUAAAUGCUGGGUAUAUACAGGAAACCAGACUAAAAAUGCCCGGUGUCCUGGCUACAUCUAGCACUUUAAGCGACACUUCCUUAUGAGUGUAGGGGCAGGAUGUAAGCCACCAGAGGGGCAGCAAGAAUUGUCGAAUAAACAAUUGUAGUACGACUGUUCUUUUUUCUUGCGCUGCAUGAGUGAUUACUUCUCUCUCCUGUGACGUUCUCUUUUGUUGAUAUUUUUUGGCAUUGUUGUAACUAUCAUACAUACAGUUCUUUCAGUUUUCUGCGCUGGCGCCAACGGUGCUGUGUAUAGUGUUUGAAUGAGUAUGGAAUAAAGACAGUCGUCUUCUGGCUUUC